AUGUUUUCACCACGUGCAGAAGAGCCAACAAUGGACCAACGCGCUGGUCUGCUUCAGAAUAGUGCUGCGCGGGAUGAUCAGCUUCUAGGCAGCGAUUCAGGUGACGCCCCGAACUGUGUGCUAGAGAAAGAGCUCUGUCUGUCUCAGCUGUCAAGCGCACACGAUCGUGAGUACGCCAAAGGGACAUCAUCAUCUGGCACUGAUCCUUCCCUGGACGUCAAUGUUGAUAGCAGUAUUAGUGAGUUGAAUAAGAUUGACAGUCCAGCAGCAGAACAACCGUGCUCUGGAAAUGACAUUGACAGUCCGACAGCGGACGAGGCAAUUCCCGACGAAGACUCUGCAGGUCCAUCCGAACCUCCAUCCGAUCAACGCAAGCCAGGAAGAUCCAAAUGUCAGCGCAGCAAGAAACGCAAUGGCAGUGGAGUAGGUUCGCAGCGGAAAAAGGCGAGGUUAGGACAGGCUAAACUGCUAACGGAAUUCGUGGGUUGUAAAAUUUCUGCGCAGGAGAUAUACAGGCGUUUCGCUGGAAACUGCAAGAGCGCCGACAGUCCUGAGAUUCUCACUAACCUUUUUUUCUCGAUUGCUUGCCAAGAAGCUUUCGUGCAGCUCAAGAAAGCGAUUCCUCAGCUCCGCGGCAGUAUGAAGAUUUCGUUUUCUGCCAAAACAGUGUUCGAUAACCUGAAGUCUUUGGAACAAGUGGCCUCCAACCUGACUGCUGGACGCAUCAUGCAACGCCAUCUUCUCGUGGAGCUGGUGGAACAUCGGAUCCAACUGGAGGAUAAGUAUAAACCCGAGAACUAUCGGCGGGCGAAGAUGAUCAGGGAGGACAAACGGCGUUUAGAGCGCUCUGACGGGCUGGCCCUGGAUGAGAUGAUAAGGGAAGCAUAUCCGACAGUGAUAAAGGGUUCAGAUGAGUAUAACAAAUCUCGAACCACGCUGAGGAACAAUCUGAGUAGUGGUCGGAAUCCGCACACCCUCGCCCAUGAAUUUGGGAGACAUAUCCUCGACCUGAUACCAGUAGGCGAGGGGCUCGGAAAGUCGAGCAUAACGGACAACCAGUAA